AUGGACAAAACAUCGUCAAAGAUUGAGACUUUCGAACUGUCUGAGAAAGCGCACCCAUACAUCCCCGUCAGCACAACCAAGAUUCUAUGGAACUACACUCGCGACCCACCACCCGACAUCCCCAAUGAGGUACUAACGGAACGCCGGGCUGCGCAGCAAUACCAUUCCGAGACAGUGGAAGACUUGCGAAGAUGGUUCAAGUCGCGCGAAACCGGCAUCUUCACCAAAGUCCUGCGGCGUCUCUUGUUGAGGGAUGUCAAGUUCAGGAUGCCGAGUGAAGACAGAGUGUACAGCGCCAUUAACCAUUUUUUCCCGCCUCGAUCCGAUAUCAUGGUCACGGUUUGUGACUUUGGACCCGGGAGAGCGGAACGCAAGGAAGUGCGUCUUGGCGAUAUUGAGAAAGAGUUUCACAGCAAACCAGAAUGGUCAACGGUGCGAUGGAUCCAUGCUCCUUUAGGCGUCGGCCUUCUCCACUCCUCCCUGGAGGCCCUCUUUUUCCACACCGGAUCCAAAGUGAUGGGUCCCCCCUUCACCAACGGGGGUCGCGCUGGCUGGCCUUAUCUUGAAUGUGAAACCUUUGAUCUCCGCAACACGCGCUGGGUCCAAGACUCUCGCGAUCUCCUACGCAUGUUGAAGGAUGAGGAAAAUAUCAGCCAUGUUCUCAACCGAAGUGUCUUUGCCGGGAUGAACGAUGAAAGGCUCACAAAGGACAUCAAGUGGCGCGCCCAGUAUGUUGGCCAGUCAGUCGAAUUCUGGGACUUGGCCAAGGCAGACCUACCCUGGCAGAUCUCCGAGGGCAGCCACCUGAACAUGAAUGGUCCCUCUGAGGGUCUGCGAGGCACCAAACUCGAAAAGGUUGCCCAGGCGCUGUGCCGGCAUCGCUUCUUCAAGAACUCGCACAUUGCCAGGAACCCAUUCCGCUGCUUUCACCGAGCUGACGGAUUCCUCCUGACCAUGUCACCCGCCGCGGGUGUGGACUACCUGAAUAUGAACUUGCCGUACUACCUCGAGUUGUCUCAGAAUGACCUAGCUGAAGAGAACUUCGCAUCGGCCACGGCACAAAUCUUUCGCGAGUUCUCAGAGACCGGGACGGACUCGUGGUAUCGCAGGAAUACGGAAUGGUUCAUGAUCUACCUCAUGACAGAGGUAGCAGCCACGCCACAUAACAUCCGCCAAGGAUACAGCGUCCCCUCCUUGAUGGACGCGUAUGACUCCAUCGUCCACGAACUGAAAGAGCGUCGCUACGACCAGUGGCAGCGCAACGAAACCAUCGCCCUCGUCCGCGCCUACCUAGUCUGUCUCGACGAGCUAAACGUCCUCAAGGAGAUAUUUGCCAAGAAGCUCGACUUUUUCCAACGCCUUCGCAAAGACUGCGACAUACUCCCCGAGUUGCAAGGUGCAGAUGUACAAGGCAAUCCGCCAGAUAACCCUGAGGGAGAGAUCCCUAUGAACCGCAUCGCGUUCGUCGAGCACCAGAUGAAGGAGUCGAAAGAGCAGUGCGAACGGUUGGGCGCGGACUUGAGAGAGUCGUUGAAUUCGCUCUUUCAACUCCGAUCCAUCGAGCAGAAUGAGCUUGCCAUCAUGGCCGACAACCAAAACAAAACCAUUUUCGCCUUCAGCGCCGUCACCAUCGUCUUUCUCCCGCUGUCCUUCUUCGCAUCCUACUUUGAGCUGAGCGUGAAGGGUGGAGACAAGACAAUCACAGAAGAGUACUUCUGGAAGGUGGGCGGAACCGUCUCGUUCUUCAUCAUCUUGCUUGUGUUCCUGUGGAGCUUCAGGUAUCGGAUCUUGAGGAGACUGGUACCGGUUAAUCAGAUCAAUCCUGUGUGA